AUGUUCAAGGGUCUGAACAAAGGCUCCCAGGGAAAGGGGUCCCCUAAGGGCUCCCCGGCCAAGGGCUCUCCCAAGGGCUCCCCUAGCAAGCACAGCCGGGCUGCCACCCAGGAGCUGGCCCUGCUCAUCUCCCGCAUGCAGGCCAAUGCCGACCAGGUGGAGAGGGACAUCCUGGAGACCCAGAAGAAACUGCAGCAGGACCGAGUGCACGGUGAGCAGGACCAGGCCCUGAAGCACCGGCAGGAGGUGGGCCGCAGCCUGAAGGAGGCCGAGGUGCUGCUGAAGGACCUCUUCCUGGACGUGGACAAGGCCCGGCGGCUCAAGCACCCGCAGGCCGAGGAGAUCGAGAAGGAAGUCAAGACCCAGUCUUCAACACCUCCCGCGCAUCCUGUCCCAGCCCUGGAGCCCUCCUGUCCCCACGGGCCCUCUGAGCAUCUCACACCUCCGGGCACAGCCCAGCGGCUGCAGAGCCUGGGAGCAGAGAAGGAGGCAGCCCAGCAGGAGUGUGAAGCGUUUCUGUCUGGCCAGCCCGUGGGCCCCGUGGCCCUGCACCUGCCUGUGGUCCUCAACAGCGUCAAGAACAAGUACAGUGAUGUUCAGGUUCUCUGCAACCUCUACGGGGAGAAAGCCAGAGCUGCCCUGGGUCUGGAGCGGCAGAUCCAGGACACGGAGAGGGUCAUCCGAGGCUUGGAAUCUUCUGUGGCACAGGAGGCCCCUCUCCCUGCCAGCCCAGGCGCGCUGCAGGAGAGGGUCAGCGAGCUGCAGCGCCUGCGGAGGGAGCUGCUGGAACAGCAGGCCUGCGUGCUGGGGCUGCACCGCGAGCUGAAGGCCACCGAGCAUGCGUGCAGCACCCUGCAGAACAGCUUCCGCGAGUUCUGCCAAGAUCUGCCUCACCAGCAGCGCCAGGCGAGGGCCCUCACCGACCGCUACCACGCUGUGGGGGACCAGCUGGACCUGCGGGAGAAGAUGUUGCAGGACGCCAGCCUCACCUACCAGCAGUUCAAGAACUGCAGGGACAACCUGAGCUUCUGGCUGGAGCACCUGCCCCACAACCAGGUGCGGCCCAGCGAUGGGCCCAGCCAGGUGGCCUACAAGCUGCAGGCGCAGAAGAGGCUACAGCAGGAGAUCCAGGGCCGAGAGCAGGACAGGGCCAUGGCGUCCCGCCUCUCCCAGGACCUGCAGGCAGCCCUCCAGGACUACGCGUUGCAGGCAGAUACCUACCGCUGCUCCCUGGAGACCACUCAGGCAGGGUCAGCCCCCAAGAGACCCCGAGUAGCUCCCCUGCAGGAGAGCAUCCAGGCCCAGGAGAAGAACUUGACAAAGGCCUACACGGAGGUGGCAGCUGCAUGCCAGCAGCAGCUGCGCCAGCUGGAGUUUGCCAGAAGGAUGCUGGAGAAGAAGGAGCUCAGUGAGGAUAUCCAGGUGACCCAUGAUGCACGGCAGGGGUCUGAGGGCCCAGCCCGAGCAGGGAAGGAUUCCGAGGCCCUGAAGUCCCAGCUGGAGGAGGAGAGGAAGCGGGUAGCUCAGGUGCAGCACGAGCUGGAGGAACAGAGGAACCGGCUGCUGCAGCUGAGGACCCAGCGGCCCUCGGAGAGGCUGGAAGAGAAGGAAGUGGUGGAGUUCUACCGGGACCCCCAGCUGGAGAGCGACCUGUCCAGGGUGAAGUCCCAGGUGGAGGAUGAGGGCAAGAAGCGGGCCAGCCUGCAGGCGGACCUGGAGGCAGUGGCCCAGCAGGUGGUCCAGCUGGAGAGCAAGAGGAGGGCCAUGCAGCCCCACCUGCUGACCAAGGAGGUCACCCAGAUCGAGAGGGACCCUGACUUGGACAGCCAGGCGGCCCAGCUCGGCCGCGAGAUCCAGCACCUGCGGGGACAGAACGCCACCGUCUCGGUCCGGCUGGAGGAGCUCAAGAAGGAGCUGCUGGCCCUGGAGAAGAAGGAGCCGAACGUGAAGGAGAAGGUUGUGGUGAAAGAGGUGGUCAAGGUGGAGAAGGACCUGGAGAUGCUCAAGGCGGCCCAGGCCCUGAGGCUGCAGCUGGAAGAGGACACCGUGCGGAGGAAGGGCGCCGAGGAGGCCGUGGCCAAGCUGCGGGCUCGUCUCGAAGAGCUGGAGCGGGCAAUCGGCGCCGUGGAGCCCAAGGUGAUCGUGAAGGAGGUGAAGAAGGUGGAGCGGGACCCGGGCCUUCUCGAAGAGGCGGCGAGGCUGAGGAGCCUCCUCGAGGAGACCCGGAGCGAGAACGCGACCCUGGCGCGGGAGCUGGAGGAGCUGCGGGGAAGGCACGGCGCGGCGGAGAAGCAGAAGCCCAAAGUGGAGCUCCAGGAGCGCGUCCACGAGACCUUCCAGGUGGCUCCGGAGACGCAGCAGGAGAUGGCGAGGCUCAGGGCCCAGCUGCAGGAGACCGCUGGCAAGAGGAGCCGCGUGGAGCAGGAGGUGGCGGCGCUGCUGCCCGGCCUGGCGGCCCUGCGCGCCCAGAAGCCCGCGGUGGAGUACAAGGAGGUGACGCAGGAGGUGGUGAAACACGAGAGGAGCCCCGAGGUGCUGCGGGAAAUCGACCACCUGAAGGCGCAGCUCAACGAGCUGGUCAACGGCAGCGGGCGGGCCCGGGAGCAGCUCAUCCGCCUGCGGGGGGAGCGCGACGAGUGGAAGCGGGAGCGCUCCAAGGUGGAGACCAAGACGGUGAACAAGGAGGUGGUGCGCCACGAGAAGGACCCCGUCCUGGAGAAGGAGGCCGAGCGGCUGCGCCAGGAGGUGCGAGAAGCCGCGCAGAAGAGGCGGGCGGCCGAGGAUGCGGUCUCCGAGCUGCAGAGUAAGUACCUGCUGCUGGAGAGGAGGCGGCCCGAGGAGAAGGUGGUGGUGCAGGAGGUGGUGGUCACCCGGAAGGACCCGAAGCUCCGCGAGGACCACAGCCGGCUGAGCCGGAGCCUGGACGAGGAGGCGGGCCGGCGGCGGCAGCUGGAGCGGGAAGUCCGGCAGCUGCAGGCUGGCGUGCAGGAGAAGGAGGGCCUGCUCAGCUUCCAGGAGGACCGGGGCAAGAAGCUGGCCGCGGAGAGGGAGCUGCGGCGGCUGACCCUGAAGAUCCGGGAGCUCGAGGAGCGGCCUCCUGUGCCGCAAGAGAAGAUCAUCAUGGAGGAGGUGGUCAAGCUGGAGAAGGACCCGGACCUGGAGAAGUCCACAGAAGCCCUGCGGCAGGACCUGGACCAGGAGAAAGCCCGGGUGACGGGGCUGCAUCGGGAGUGCAAGAACCUGAGGGUCCAGAUCGACGUCCUCCAGACAACCAAAGCGCAAGAGAAGACCAUCUACAAGGAGGUAAUCCGGGUGGAGAAGGACCGGGUGCUGGAGGGUGAGCGGUCCCGGGCGUGGGAGGCGCUCAACAGGGAGCGUUCGGCCCGGCAGAGCCGGGAGGAGGAGGUGCGGCACCUGCGGGAGCGCAUCGACAAGGCCGAGGCGCUGAGGAAGACGCGGGCCCGGGAGGAGGCCGAGCUGCAGAAGGGCCGGGACCAGGCGGCCCAGGAGCGAAGGCAGCUGCAGCAGGAGCUGCGGGAGCUGGAGAAGCAGAAGCAGCAGACGGUGAUGCAUCUGCAGGAGGAGGCGCAGCUGCUCAGCCGGAGGACGGAGAGCGAGCGGCAGAAGGCCGCCCAGCGGGGCCAGGAGCUCUCGCAGCUCGAGGCGGCCAUCCUCCGCGAGAAGGACCAGAUCCACGAGAAGGAGAGGACCCUCCGGGACCUCCACGCCAAGGUGAGCAGGGAGGAGCUCAACCAGGAGACCCAGACGCGAGAGACCAACCUUUCCACCAAGAUCUCCAUCUUGGAACCGGAGACGGGGAAGGACAUGUCCCCAUACGAGGCCUACAAGAGGGGCAUCAUCGAUCGAGGCCAGUACCUUCAGCUACAGGAGCUCGAGUGUGACUGGGAGGAGGUCACCACCUCGGGCCCCUGUGGGGAGGAGUCCGUGCUCCUGGACCGCAAGAGCGGGAAGCAGUACUCCAUCGAGGCCGCCCUGCGCUGUCGGCGCAUCUCCAAGGAAGAGUACCAUCUCUACAAGGACGGCCGCCUCCCCAUCUCCGAGUUCGCUCUGCUCGUGGCGGGGGAGACCAAGCCCUGCUCCUCACUCUCCAUCGGCUCCAUCAUCUCCAAGUCCCCCCUGGCCUCCCCAGCACCCCAGGGCACCGGUUUCUUCUCUCCCAGCCUCUCUCUCGGACUCGGCGAUGACAGCUUCCCCAUCGCCGGCAUCUACGACACAACCACAGACAACAAAUGCACCAUCAAGACGGCAGUGGCCAAGAACAUGCUGGACCCCAUCACCGGGCAGAAGCUGCUGGAGGCCCAGGCGGCCACGGGGGGCAUCAUAGACCUCCUCAGCCGGGAGCGCUACUCCGUGCACAAGGCUAUGGAGAGGGGGCUGAUCGAGAACACCUCCACGCAGAGGCUGCUCAACGCCCAGAAGGCCUUCACGGGCAUCGAGGAUCCCGUCACCAAGAAGAGGCUGUCGGUGGGUGAGGCCGUCCAGAAGGGCUGGAUGCCCCGGGAGAGCGUGCUCCCACACCUGCAGGUGCAGCACCUGACUGGGGGGCUCAUCGACCCCAAGAGGACCGGCCGCAUCCCGGUCCCGCAGGCGGUGCUCUCUGGAAUGAUCAGCGAGGAGCUGGCCCAGCUUCUGCAGGAGGAGUCCGGCUAUGAGAAGGAUUUGACAGACCCCAUUUCCAAGGAGCGGAUGAGCUAUAAGGAGGCCAUGGGGCGCUGCCGGAGGGACCCCCUGAGCGGCCUGCUGCUGCUCCCAGCUGCCCUGGAGGGGUACCGCUGCUACCGUGCCGCCUCCCCCUCAGUACUGCGCUCCCUGCCCCUGCGCUGA